AAUACCCUCAUGUUCACAAUUGAUAUUCUUUGGAGUACUUCACUCCUAAGUCCUACUGCUUUAAUUUCAGUAAAUAAUUACAUCUCUCCAUAUUUCUGAGCUUCUCCUUUUGGUUUCCUAUGGAUGCUACUCAAGAUCAGUUGGUACAACAAAGUAGAGGCAAAGAAGUGGUAUAUGAUUCAAGAUCAAACGAGGACAAUUCCAUAACCAACCAUAACAACAAUAAGAACAAAAAAUUAUACUUGCCAAAACUAAAACACCUCAUAAAAUGGCUUCGAAUCACAACUUACAUCUUCUUCAUACUCGUCGGCCAAACCAUUGCCACCCUCUUAGGUAGACUCUACUUUGACAAAGGUGGAAACAGCAAAUGGAUGGCUACUUUUGUGCAAUCAGCUGGCUUUCCCAUCAUCAUUCCCUUUAAAUUCUUCUCCUCCUCGCCAACUUCUCUUCAUCUUUCAAUCUCUAAACUCACCUCUAUCUACUUCGCUUUCGGCCUCCUCUCAACCGGCACUAACUUGAUGUACUCUUAUGGACUUGUAUACCUCCCCGUCUCAACAUACUCUUUGUUAUGUGCCUCCCAACUAGCCUUCAAUGCGGUCACCUCCUUCUUCAUCAACUCGAAAAAAUUAACCGGCCUUGUGAUAAACUCGGUUGUGAUCCUCACUAUCUCCGCGUGCCUAUUAGGCAUUAAUGCUGAUGAUGAAGGUGAUGCAAGCAAUAACAUUGCCAAGGGCAAAUAUAUCAUAGGGUUUUUAUGUACUCUUGGUGCAUCCGCGAUGUACUCUUUAAUGUCGUCGUUGGUAGAAUAUUAUUUUGAGAAGGUGAUCAAGGAAAAGUCCUACGGCGCAGUACAAUCUAUGCAGAUAUAUCCUGCGAUUGUGACGACUUGUGCUUGUGUUGUAGGGCUUUUUGGUAGUGGAGAAUGGAGAACGUUGAAGGAGGAAAUUAGGGAUUAUAAGACGGGGACAGUGCCUUAUGUGAUGACAUUAACUUUCACGGCUAUAACUUGGCAAGUUUUUUCGAUUGGGUAUUUAGGACUCAUUUUUGAAGUAUCAUCCUUGUUUUCUAAUGUGAUUGGCACUGUGGGUUUGCCUUUGGUUCCGAUUUUCGCAGUAGUGUUCUUCCAUGAUAAGAUGAAUGGGGUGAAGGUAAUCUCUAUGGUGCUUGCUAUGUGGGGAUUUAUUUCUUAUAUCUAUCAACAUUACUUGGAUAAUAUUGAAGCUCAAAAGGCAAGAAAACAUAAUGGAGGUGAGAAUCUAGCUCUAUGCUAGCACAAAACUGUGAAUUAAUAGAGGUUUUUCUUGUUCUUAGAGACUGUUUUGAAUUUAUGUCUUUGUAUAAAUGAGAAUCUCUAUAAGGGAAACUAGUUUCUGCCACUCUUUUUUUUUUUUGGGUGAAAGAGGAACAUAGAUUACGAAUUUAAAUUAUCACAUACAAAGUUUGGUGAUCGAUCCGGAGGCUCGCCUAGUUAACCAAUAUUAAUCCUUACACUGAUGUUUUUCCAUAGUAAAAAUACUCGUACAAUCCGGGAGAAGGUUUGUCAAAAUACAAAGGGUUUUUUGUCAGAAAGGACCUAAUAAAAUACAAGUUUUGUGGGGAAGGAUCUAAUAAACAAUUUGUUCAUUCUCCCUUUUGCUUUCCUAGCAAUGUGAUCAGCAAGCUUGUUUGUUCCUCUUCCUUCAUAGAUAACUCUAGCGCUUGUAACCUUGUGGAGCAACACCCUACAAGCAUAAAUAAUUUUAGAUAAAUGAUUAUUAAUUUUUCUUUUCCGGUUACUUCCUUGACAACUUGCAAACAGUCCAUUGAGAUGGUACAGUUGGACCAUUCAUUUCUUUUUAUCCACUGGAGCCCCAUAAGCAAACCCCGAGCUUCAGCCUCGCUAGCAUCGGAAGAGAAAUCCAAAGCCAAUAUACCUUCUAUCCAAUUACACCCAUAUGAUCUCGGCAUAUAGCAGCUAGGCAAGUUUCCUUGGAUUCAUGAAGAAGAGAGCCAUCAAUGUUAAUUUUGAGAGAGUUGAAGGGUGGAGGGGUCCAAGAGGAGGAAAUAGUAUCUUAUGUUAAGCUCUUCUCGAUAUGGGUUGAAUUGGAUAUAAAACCACAUGAUAACAUAAGUCCAUAAGUUUACAAAUCAGUGGCGGAUCUUAUUAAUCUACUUUUUAGAGGGGUCGAGUAAAUAAACAAAAAGUUGAGGUAUUAAUUUGUUGUGAAAGUAUUGGGUCAGACCGUCUGACCAAUAUUUACUGUCAGACGGGCUGAGCCCAAUACUCAAAUGGCCUUAGUAAGAGAAUGCAGACUUCGCCGCCCUUCUUUCCCUUUACCCCUCCCUCCUUCUCACUCAACCACCACUAACUCCGUCGCAUCCCACAAACACCAUUUACGCACCCAUAUUGAGGACUGAGGAGAGAGAAAAUGUCGGAACAUGAAGAAAAACAAUCAUAGUGUGCUACAAAGAAUGAAGUAGACGAAAAUGCAAUACCCUUAAUAGUGUAUAUAAGGCUGUGAUUAAAUCUCUUCUUUCCGUAUACCAGAGUCCAGUUGCUAGACGUAAAAUCUCCAAAGGUUUGAGGAGAAGUGAUGAAUUUGUAGCAUGGUGUUAAAGAGAUGAAACAAUGUAAUCUUAGCCAAUAGUGCAGAAGAUGUUCUAAUAGUGCUCAUGUAUACUAUGUAAGCAGAUUUGAUUACUUAAUGAAAAGACGGCAAACUAUCAAAAAAAAAAAAAAAAAAAAGGAGAAAGUGAGAAAUAAAGCAAGGUUAAUCUCAGUCUCCAUUCUUUAUUGAUCCAACAAAGAAGAAAAAAAUCAGCUAAGAGGAAUGAAGAAGGAGAAAGUGAGAGAAAGCAGAGGGACUUGAAGAUAAUUAGCUCCGGUUGGGUUAAAGAGUGUGUUGGAUCCCUUUUGAUUUAAUAAGACUUUAAAAAGACUUCCGCUGUUAUUUAUUUGACUAUAAGUUUUAUAUUCUGGUUUGUAGUAAUUAAUUUACAUUCUAGUUAAUUACUUAGUAUGUAAUAAUUAUAUAUAACUUAUUGUUUAUUGUUUUAA